CACGCACGAGACCAGCAAGCAGUCAGCAGUCAGCAGCAGCAACCAGAGUAACCAGUCAGUCAGCCGAAAAAAGUCGAGAUACUCCAUCCGCCACUUCCAUCACAGCCCGGCACAAUCUACUAGCCUUUCUCUUCUGCCAGAGCUUCAUCUUUAAAGAUAGAUAACCAUGGCGCCCUCUCAAGCACAGCUGCUUCAGCGGGUGGAUCGGAUCCACCAGAGGAGAGAAAACAAGGUUUGUGCCGAGUGUGCUCAGAGAGAUUCUUGCUGGGCAUCCAUUAUCCAUCCUCCCCUCCAGGGGUUUUCUCUUGGUAAAGAGCUCGGGAUAUUUUGCUGUGGACGAUGCUACAAGCAUCACUCGGCUUUGGGGCCGAGGGUAUGUGUCGUCAAGAGUCUUAGUACAGCAACCGAAUGGACCGAGGAAGAAGUCAGAAUCUUUAACAACAGCGGGAAUGAGUUGGUGAACCGAAUCUACGAGAGCAAACUCGGUGAUAUCGAACGGCACAUGGAGAAAGAAAUUGUCACGGUGGACCGAAGCGAAGAAGCCGCUGUACGCUCCGCCUUCAUCACCAAAAAGUAUAAACUCUUGAGAUAUUUUGAUGAGAAAAAUUAUAAGCGAGUCAUGGCUCGAAUGAAUAGUGACGAAGAGGAAGCCGAUGAUUCCGAGAGGAGCCGGGAUGGUCGUCGAUCGCUCGUCUUGCGGGGAUCCCAUUCGGGACGGAACUUGACAACCACUCCCUCGGGACGAAGCUUGGUGAAUACCCCGUCGUCACGGAGCUUGGCACCGACCCGAGUCAAGUCUUUGGAGGAUGGUCCUCCUACCUCGAGAUCCCAGGCGGUUCUGCAAAGAGCCAGUUCACAACGAAAGAAGCAGAUGCGAAAGUCCAACUCCAAUCAAGAUCUCAUGUCCCGAUUGAAUGACAUAUCCUUGGGAGGAGCAACAGCAACAACCAGCACUAGUAGGCAAGAUUCCAGUCGAAGUGUGGUGGAUGAAAAAGCCAUGGCAACAACAACAAACACUGACACGAAAAAACUCCUCAAUCUGGAAACUUCGUCGACCAAAACCGCGGCAACGGAGACCUCUGACUCGUCGGAGGAUUCGCCACCAGCAAAACCAACCAAGCCCAUUUCAAAGAGCGCUUCCAUGGUGAUGACGGAAAAGUCGUUGAGAAAGCAACAACGACCCAUGCGAAAAUCUGCUUCCAUGGUGGACACCCCAGCUGCCAACGCAGCCAGGGACGCGCGCCGGCCACAAAUCAAGAGUGCCAUGAAAAAGUCCAUUUCGGCGCGGACGCUCAACAUGAUGAAUGGAGGUCGUUGCAAUGACGACGAUGAUGACGACGACUCCAGUUCAAGACCAUCGAGCACAAGGAACUUGAUGGCGAUUCCACCCACCUUUCGGGCGGCACCCCUGCCGGGGCCCGGUGGUGGUGGAGGAGGGAUGCGAAAGUCACUGUCGUUAAAGAAUCUUGGCUCCGCUGGCUCCUUGAAGAGGUCUACGUCGAAUAGCAAGUUGAACAGGUCUGAUUCGAAUCGGUCGGUGAACAGAACACCUUCCAACCGCUCUCUCAAUAGGUCCAAUUCGAAGCAAGCACUCAGCAAGACGCUCGACAGGUCUAAUUCGAAUCGAUCAGUGAACAGAACACCUUCCAACCGAGCUCUCAACAGGUCCAAUUCGAAUCAAGCACUGAACAAGCCACUCAACAGGUCUAAUUCGAAUCGAUCGGUGAACAGGACACCUUCCAACCGUGCUCUCGACAGGUCCAAUUCGAAUCAAUCACUUAACAGAUCACCUUCCAACCGCUCUCUCAAUAGGUCCUCUUCGAACCGAUCACUGCAUAGUUCUAUGUCAUGCCUUGACAUUGGCAACGAUCAUCUCCAGGCUGGUCCUGCUAUGGGCUCUCUGAGAAAGUCAUUCUCCAAUCGGACCAUGACGCAAGAAAACAACAACAAUCACUUGGCUGCAGGGUCAGCCUUGGGAUCUAUGGAAAAGUCGUUCUCAGAUCGAUCACUCACGCACGAUAGCGUGAAUCAACUGGUAGGGGGGCCUCCAGCCAUGACGCGGUCGUUUUCCAAUCGAUCCAUGGUGCAGCAAGGUGACAGUGCAGCUGCGGCGGUUGCUCUAGCGCACAAGUCACUCUUGAGUCAGGCAGCUGCCGUCAGGAAACAGGGCACCGCCGACCUUCUGCAAAGAUCGUGGUCGGGGAGAAAUAUGGGGGAAAUGGAACGUGAACCCGACAAUCUUCAGGCUUUAGGAGGAGCCGGCGGCAGGCCUGGCCUUGGACGCGCCAUGUCAAUGCGGGGGUUGUCGUCAAUGGGAAAUGUUGCAACAUCGGGCUUGAGGAAAUCGUUGUCGGGGCGCAAUCUUCGCAACGAUAACGAUUCAUUAGAUGGCCCGCAUUCAAUGCACAACCCUUGGCUUAAGGGUGUCGUCAAAUCACCAUCCCCUCAAUAUGGCAACACGACAGGGACAGGUGACGAAUGCUUGUCUGGACGGAAUGCGAAUGCAGCCCAACAGGAGCCAGACAAUAUGAUGGCCCUUGGUGGCGGUGCGCGUAAGGGCGGCCUGGUAAGAGCCGGGUCACUGAAAGUUGCCAAACGACACAGCCAAUCCCCUCCACGCUUGAGAAAAUCAGCAUCAGGGCGUAACCUUAUGGAAGCAGAAGGGAAUACAUCUCUAAAUGGCCUGGAUGGUCGUUCGAGUCACUCACGGUCUCCAUCGCGGCAAUCAGCAAGAGCAACCCAACUGGGGGAAGACGACGAGAGAGGUAAUGCGACAGCAAUCGGCAAGUCAUCGUCUGCGAACAAUCUCAAAUCCUUAGCUGGCAAUGUAUCUCCUCCUCGGGGUGGCCUGAGGAAGUCUCUUUCUGGCCGUAUUGUGCACCAAUCUAAUGAUUUGGAUGCGGGUUCAAGUCACUCGCGUUCAAAUCGCCAGACCAGGACGCUUUCAUUUGAAAGAGAGAGGCCUGAUUCGACAGCUUCGCCUGCGAUCAGAAGGUCGUUGUCAGGGCGCAACCUUUUGGAAUCCUCUAACCACGCUGGUCCCAAUAGGCUUGCGCGCUUGCAUACAUCAUUCUCCAACUUGAAUGCAUCGUUCAACAAUUCGUUCAACAAUUCGGUUACUGGAAUGGAUGCGGGUUCGAAUCACUCGAACAGACCUACCCCAACCAAUGUCCGUUCCCUUGACGAAGAAGACGGUGAGAAAGCGAAGGCGCCGUCACGAAUGUCAAUAAAGAUUGAAGAUAUAUCCCGCGGGCGUCAGCAAUCGGUACUUUGUGCGUCUCGCAGAGACAUGUAUGACCCAGAUGGCGGAGGACUUGCACUCCUUAUGCAGGAUUCCGAGGCCUCUUUUGCUAAUCUUCCGGCGUACGAUGCAGAAACUCAGCAAACCCGAGGCAGGGGACUAUCACCGACAAGGUCAGGAAGGGGUGCGUCUCCGAAAAGGUCUUCAAUGUCUAUGUCCAAGACACCAAUUCUCGAGGAAAGUGACGACGAAGACAAGGAUUAUCGAAAGCGUCGAGAUUCACAGAGCAACCUUGCGGAGAAAUCUAACGAAAGCCGUCUGGUGAGGCGUAGCAGCGAUAGAAAUAUGUCUCCAUUAUGCCGCACUUCUCAGGGACCUCCAGAAGUACCAUUGCACCGCUGCGAUAGCACGGAUCUCUCGCCACGACGAAACUCGCGCUGCACUACAGACCGGAACGUUAGAACGCCGAAGAGAUCCCUCAGUAAUGACGGGGACGUGCUAUCAGGGAAAGGCAAUUCCCCUGAGAAACUCACACGCAGCGCCGAUAAUGGACGGCUCCGGCCCAUCCUCAAGAAAUCAAUGUCCAUGCGACUUCCGAAGACGAAAGAGAGCCAGGAACCCUCGCGUCGUCUGAACCGAUCAUUUUCAGGAACUAGGCUGCAAAUGAAAGACGAGAGCCCGGACAGGUCGAGGCGUGAUUCUCGCCGAGGAUCUUUGAACUCCAGCGGGGGGUCUAGCCACCACCGUCGUCACAAAGACAAAAAGAGCAAAAAGCACAAGAAAAAGAAGGACAAGAAAUCACGAAAGAGGUCAUCACGAAAAGAUGAUAGGCGACGCUCUAGCACGAACAGCUUGGACAAUUCGGAUACGGACACUGACACGGAAAAGAAACACGAUCGUGAAGAUCGACGCCGCAAGUCACCAGAUCGCGACGACUCCAGAAGGCGAAGGAGCGACGGCAAAUAUGACAAGAGGGAUAGAAGCCGCUCUAGGGAUAGAAGCCGCUCUAGGGAAAGACGCCGCUCAAAGAAUGGUGGAGGACGUCGCAAUAGUGACAGUGACAGUGAUCGCUCCAUGAAGUCAUCGUCUUCGAGAAGGAAGAGCCGGGAUUCAUACUCUGAGACGGAUCGUUUCGAGAGGAAAGUGCGCCGAUUUAUUGAGUCUGUGGGGGAUCCCAAUGAUGAAAACUUCUGGAUCAAUAUGAUCAAUAAAUGGGCGGUGCUAAACUAGCUAUUAGAAUAGAUUGCGAUGCCUUCAGAAUGAUCGAAUCAUUUCAGUUGAAAGGCUGAUUUCGGCACUCAUGCUUAUAACUCGUCAUUCUUCGUCGCUUCGAGUUCCAGGUUCGCUAGCUUGCCCGAUACUUGCGCGAUUGCUCGAACAACGUUGCCUUGUUGUUUGGACGAUACGGCUACCGGUACCGUAUACUUUCAUCAACCUGAAACUGCUGGAAGUUCGGGAGACUAGUAGAUCGAACAGCCGAUUGCUGAUGUGUUGCUUCGGCGCGACUCGUAGAGGACAUCCGGCGAAUGAAAAUGUGCAACAGAUUCUCGUGCAGCUCCAACAAGAAUACGUCGUUUGCAACGGCCUGCUAUACGAUUUUCACUCGUUUCUUCCGAACAGAAGAGCCGUACCAGGUAGGUCUGAAAAAGCCAUGACCAGCCACACCCAAAGUACGGCCUUUCACCUCCCCAACGAUAUCUUUCAUUUAUUUCAACCCAUGCCGCAAAAGUAGAUCUGAGUGUCGCCCAGAGUUUUUUCGAAUGCGCCAUUAGAGUUCG